GGCCUGUCCAUGACUGCUUCUCAAUGAGAUCAUCGGACGCGUGCUUCUGCCAGCACUCUCUUCCCGGCGCGCGUGCAAUCGGAUGUGCGGUCUCGCCACUUCGAUCUUCUGCCAUGCGCGACUGUGUACGCUCACGCAUGAGGAGGGACGAGCUGUUUGCCGCGAAGUGCUUUGUGUCCCUAGCUCUUUUGCGACGCAGCUGGAUGACGAGGCCGUAGAAUAGCAUCGUCGAACGAGGGCCUGUCAGAUGCGAUGGCGCGUACACCGGGAGCCAACAGUGGUGGCGGCGGCAAUGCUCGAGGCUUCACCCUCUCGCACCAGCACGUCGCGCUCGAGUUGCGCUUCGACGGCAUCGCGGAGGGCUACUCGGAACUGACGAUCGUCCCCACCGAUCCCGACCUGAAAACUAUGCACGUCAAUUGCCGACAAGCAGACAUCCGUUAUGUCACUGUCAAUUCGCAGCCAACAUCCUACGCAUACAACGAUCUCUUGUCGAACGUCACGCUCUCUAACGACAAGGACGUUCAUCUCUAUCCCGAGCUCAAGAGAAAGCUCUUUGCCGCUGCGAGUGAUGGCAGCAAUGGCGAGCUCAGCAUCGCAAUUUCUCCCGAUGUUGGCAUCCAAACUCUCAAAGAAAGGGUGGAGGCUGAGCAGGAAUCGAAGGCUGACGCGCUGAAGGAUACUUCCAUGAAUGGGUCCGCUCUGAGAGGCCAGUCAAAUACGCAGGAACAAGGUCCCUCAGAGAAUUCCGACAAGACCAAGACCGCGAAUCGUGAGUCAAAGGUAGCGGAGGAUGCUGGCAGGGAGGACGGCGCCCAAACAGAGGACGAAUACGCGCCUCUGAAGGUCCGGAUCUACUACUCGCUGCGCCAUCCGUUGCACGGACUGCAGUUUGUCAAGGCGACGCCGGACGCGCCCUACCGUAUUCCGCACAUUUAUAGUACACCAAGCUGCGCGGAUUGGAGCCGCUGUUGGACGCCUUGCCUUGACAGCCUCUGGGAGAGAUGCACGUGGCAGCUGGACUUUGUCGUUCCGCGUUAUCUCACCCCAGCAGCGUUGGGUGAAAGCACAUCAGAUGACGAGGAGGAUGUUGCCGACAACGACGCGGAUGAAGUUGUUGUUGUCUGCUCAGGUGACCUCGUCGAAAAGACAGUGCAUCCGCACUGCCCUUCCAAAAUCAUUUUUUCGUAUGAACAGGCAGCGCCUACGUCAGUCCAGCAUAUCGCUUUUGCAAUCGGGCCUUUCAGCAUGCACACUGUUGCUUCGCCCAGCAAGCAAACUCCGAAGAGCAUUACUGGCUCGAACCCAAAUUCCAACUCUAAUUCCACAGAUGCCGCCGCCGACGAUUGCAGUCCACAGGUCAUUGGAUUCUGCUUCCCUGGGCGCGAGGAAGAGAUGCAACACUCGAUCGGAUUUACGCGCCAAGCUUUCGACUUCGUAUCGCGUGACUAUGGGUCUUAUCCAUUUGGCUCGUUCAAGAUGGUCUUUGUCGAUGAGCCAAUCAACGACUGCCACGCUGCGUCUACCAUCGCUAUCUGCUCGACCGAUCUCCUUCACCCUCCGAGAAUUGUUGAUCAAGCGUACGAGACGCAUCAUGUCCUGUCGCACGCCAUCGUCUUCCAGUGGAUUGGCAUCAAUGUCACCCAACGCUCCUGGGCAGAUAUGUGGCUCAUCCACGGCAUAAGCUUGCAUAUCACCAGUCUGUUCUUACGGAGAAUAUGGGGCAACAAUGAGUACCGUCUCAGGCUGCGUAAGGACAUGGAACGUCUCGUCGCCUGGGAUAUCGGCAUGCCUCCCUUGUUCCAAGCGGGAAUGACCGAGCCGCCGGAUCCUGCUUUCCUGCCGUUUCUAAAUCUCAAAGCGCCACUCGUGCUCUUCAUCCUCGAUCGGCGCUUGUCCAAGGUCAGCGCAUCGUUGGGCCUCAGCAGAGCCAUUAACAAGAUAUUUCUCGAUGCUCUGACAGGAGAGCUGCAAGGCAGUGUGCUCAGCACAAGUCAUUUCUUACGCCAGUGCCGCAAGCUAGGAGGUGUAGAUUUGACCACCUUCACAGAGCAGUGGAUCUACGGCUCGGGAUGUCCACGCUUCUCCUUCACCGCUGCGUUCAAUCGCAAGAAGCUCAUCAUCGAGAUGACUAUCAGACAGGACUGUCCGGCUGCCAACUUUGCUAUGACGAACCCAAGCGACGCAAUCUACUCGAACCCGAUCGAGAAGUUCGAAGGGCAGAUCACUGUCCGCAUCCAUGAGGCUGACGGUACGCCGUACGAGCACGUUAUCGAUAUCGAUUCGCACGAGAAGCGCAUCGAUGUCCCUUUCAACACCAAGUACAAGCGUGUCAGGCGCAACACGAAGCGCUUCCAGGCGAGAAAGGAGGCCGCCGCUGCGGCUGCUGCCGGCGAUGAAGAAGCCCGAGAAGCUAUGGGCCUGAUCGACCUUGGCUUCGUCUAUGGCCAGUGGGAGGACGAUUCGGAGCGCGAGGCUUGGCAGGUAGCUGAUUGGACUGAGCAGGAAGAGCUCGAUAUGAGCUCCGCACCUUACGAGUGGAUCCGCGUCGACCCAGACUGUGAAUGGCUCGCUCUCAUCCACUUCCAGCAAGAACCUUGGAUGUGGAUCUCCCAGCUGGAAAGAGAUCGGGACGUCAUUGCACAACUUUGCGCAGUCAAUGCGCUUGCACAAAUGCCAUCCAAGGUCGUCAGCAGCAUCCUCUGCCGCACCGUCCUUGUCGAAAAGUACUUCUUCCGAAUACGAGUUGAAGCGGCACAUGCCCUCGUCAAUUGUGCUGUGCCGACUCUCGAGUAUCUCGGCCUCUUCCACCUGCUCAAGCUCUUCCAGUCGCGCUACUGCCAUCAACAGCCACCAGACUACGAAGCCGAAGGUCCUCUCGACAUGCUCUUGAUUCCGAAGGCCAACGACUUUUCUGACCUGCCGGAAUACUUCUUGCGCAGGGCUAUCCUUCACGCCAUCAGCCGUGUGCGCAAUGAGCAUGGUCGUCCCCUGAGCCAGGUCAAGCGCUUCCUCGUCAAUGUCCUGCGAUAUAACGACAAUUCUUCGAAUCGCUUCGGUGAUGACUUUUACAUUGCCGGCCUCAUAAACACCAUCGCUGCUGCCUACAUCCCUGCAGACUACAAUCUCAACGCGCCACUCCCCCUACUCUCGGCUGAAGAACGCGAAGCAGAUGCGUUGCUGCUGCAAGCAGCUGUAAACGAGAUUGAGCGCUGCCGCGAACUGGAUAUGCUCGUACCCUCGUAUCACAACAUCAUCUCCAUCGCAGCGCUGGACUUUCAUCUGGCGACCAUGAUGGCCAAUUUGCGGCCUGUCGACUUGCAGCUGUUCUUCGCCUACACGCGGCAGGGCAACUAUGCUUCCCUGCGGGCCGUUGCAUUCAACAGUCUUGUGCUGAUGCGUGGCUUGCAGCACAAGGUCGUCGCGAGGUAUCUCUUCGAGGUGCUUCGUUGUGACGAAAGUCGCGUGGUGCGGCGGACACUGGCCAGGGCGAUGCUCGAGUCGCUUGCUGCGUCGGUUGCGACGAAUGAGUAUGGCGAACUCAAAGCCCGGACGAUGUUUAUCGAAGGGGAUGCGGCAACAGCCGCCAGCGAGGCGGAGCGUGCGCGCGAGCAAGAUCUCGACAAUGUUCUGCGGACGCUCAGACGGGAAGUCGGGCGCUCAGCUGCCAUCCGAGAGGGGUUCAUGGCCGCACUGCUCUCUCCCACAGUCGACAGCGAAGCAAGAUGGGCUCUGCUCAAGCUAGCAGAGCUGCUCUUCAAGCCGGCUGCAGAAACGGACCUGCCCUUCCUACCGAAGGUCUCUGUGCAUGUCCGCACGCUUUCCAUGAGCGGAGCUGCAGAAUUGGACACCCCAAGCACUGAAGGAUUCCGUCUCAAGCUUGUUCGCAGUGCAGCCGAGCCGACGCCAGCAACAGAGCCAUCUGCGUCCACGCCGCGAGUAGCAUUCGAUGUUACACAAGAGAAAGUGCUGCCCAAGUUUACUCUUAAGCCAAAGAAGCCGAAGAAAGCAAAGCCGGCAGCACCCGAGCAGGCAUCAGGCAUGUCGACGAUGGAUGUGACAGCUUGCCGCAAUUGCUUGAAGAAGCUCUUCGAGAGCCGGCAUGCCCCGCUCUUUCUCAACCCCGUCGAUCCUGUGCGAGAUCAGGCGCCGAACUAUUUUGAAGUCAUAUCGGAACCGAUGGAUCUCAAUUCGAUUAUGAACAAGCUUAAUGCGGGAAUGUACAAGGAUCGCUUUGACUUCAAGAGCGAUUUUGAACUGCUCGUGCGCAAUGCGAAGACGUACACACCGAACCCGGAAGCAUAUGUUCACCAAGAAGCAGCGGCGCUGGAGAAGGACUUCAACCGCCAUUGGAACAGGAUCACGCGAACACUGGAGCAAGCUGAGGCUAAACACCACAAACAGACUGAGGCCUCCGAGGGCAUGGCCAACGGCGCCUCCAUCGCCGCCGCCGCUCCUGCACAGGAGGAGCGUCAAGCACCUACAGCGGCAGCAGCCUCAGUUCCAGCACCAGCACCACCAUUAGCAACAGCAGCUCCGCCACCACCAGCGCAAUCAACUCGCAUCACCACCUCGAUGCCCCCACCUAUCCACAUUCCCUCUGCAUCACCAGCACCAUCGCUGCCGACAACAAAGGCGUCCGGGUCUGGUCUUGGGUUGAAGCUGAAGCUGAAGCCCAAGGUGAGCGUCUCUGGCGGCUCAGCACCUGCGCCAACAUCUGUCGCUACUCCGCCAAAAGAGAUCAAGCUGAAGCUCAAGUCAGCAACGCCUGUGUCUGAGCGGAAAGCGUCGCCGGCUCCCGCCGCUGCGGCUGUUGCUGCAAGGGUCCCUUCUACCAAAGGCACUUCAUCUCCGGCACCAAGUCCGGCUCCGGCCAAGGCAUUGUCCAAGGCGCCGAGCCCUGCGCCUCCCAAGGCCAAUGCGAUGCCCGCAGCAUCCUCGGACCCGGUGGCUGCGGCGGGCAAGGAGCCGAUGAAUUCAAAGCGGUGCAAGUCGCUGUUGCAAACGAUGAAGAGGAUGUCGGAGGCUGCGUUCUUUUUGCGCCCGGUGGACCCGGUCAAGGAUGGCGUGCCGACCUACUACGACGAAAUCAAGCAUCCAAUGGAUUUUGGCACGAUGGAAAAGAAGCUGAACGACAAUGCGUACUCGCGUAUGUCCGAGUUUGCGGCGGACAUGCAACUGGUGUUUGGGAACGCGCGCACGUUCAACCCGGUAGGGACACUACCACACAACUGGGCAAACGUGUGCGAGCAGGCGUUCCACAGGGAGUGGGCCAAGGCGCUGGUCCCGCGGCUGGAGUACGUCGAGAAGCGCGCUCUCCAGGGCCUGCUGACGCGGCUCAAGGCGAACGUCGGUGUCUCUGGGAUAUUCCUGCAUGCGGUAGACCCGGUCGCGCUGGGGAUACCGCACUACCACGAUGUGAUUCCCAAGGCGGACGCGCGCGACCUGGGCCUGAUCGAGAACAAACUCAAGGGGGAUAGGUACGGGAGCAUGCGCGCGUUCACUGAGGACGUGCAGCUCAUGGUGCAGAAUGCUCGCACCUUCAACGCUGGAGAUGACGGCGUGCUCACGCUGAUCGAUGCAUUUGAGCGGCUGUACAAGAAGGAGCUCAGCGGCGUGCGCAGCGCGUUGUCGUCGGCAGGAGGAGGGGGAGGCGGCGCGUCAUCGUCAUCGACUAUGGCGGGUAUGAAGAGAAAGUCGGAGAGCAAUGGUGGCGGUAGUGGUGCCUCUGCUUCUCAUGGCGCUGGCGAUUCGCACAAGAAGGCCAAGACUUCAUGAUGUCCCUGUCCCCACUGCAUGUGUCGGUGGUCGCAUGUCCGGCACCACGUUGCACCCCCGCUUGAAAUGGAGCGGGCUCCAUCCCCACUGUACCUCUCCCACACGUAUAUCUGCCCCACAUGUACAGCUUGUUUGAGGAAUGCAGGGUGCGAGCACGGUGAAA